AUGGCCUCGGUCGGCGAACCGAGCGACGCGGACGUGGGCUUCCUCUGCGAGCUCACCAACCUGGGCAGGGACGAGGCCGUCGCCCGUUUGAAGGCCAACAGCCUCAACGUCGAACAGGCCGUCAACGAGUUCUUCAACAACCCCGACAGCAGCAAGUACAAGUGGGAUGAGUCGGCAUGGACGGCCGAUCGUGAAGGCCCCACAGACAGCGGCAUUCAGUUCAACAUCCAAGGUCCCGACGAGCACGCCCCGAGCUACCACAACAGCGCUGCUCCCACGCGCCCGCCCUCCCGAACGAACAACCGGUCGCCGCUUGGUAGGCUUGUCGACUUGACUGCCUUCCAGGCAGCAGGAGCCCCCAUGACCGCCGCCGAUGAAGAUGCCGACCUACAACGCGCCCUCGCCGAGUCGGCCGCCGAGUCUGGCGUCCCCCCUCAGGAGACUGGAGUCACUGGAAGCGGCGCCCACAGCCCAGCCUUUGGCCCAGCUACGAGAUCCGAAUAUGAGCAGGAUCAAUGGGCCAUGGUGCCAACCAAGGUCGAAGCUACCCAAGACAAGCCACUGCCCACGCCCUCGGCCCGGAAACGCGAUCCAGCUUCACCAGCGUUCGUGCGUUCCAAAGACGAGACCCUUCUGGGAGGCGUCGUUACCAUCUUGCACAAGAUUCCCAAGGCGAGGAACGCACUGUUGACAAGCGGGCAGCCGGUUCGCAGCUAUGGCCACAAUAGCGAGUGGUGGAAGGGCCAGCCGAUUCUGAAGAAGGAGAGUCUCGAAGCCAUUGCCAGAAACGACUGGGGCGCCGAUCAGGAUGCUCAUCCGGACUUUCACGAAGAGCUUCACCGUCUGAUCGCCUUCCUCGACAGCAGUGAGCGCUCGUAUGGUUCAGUUGAUGGUUUGGCUGAUACGACUAUCGUCAACCCGGGCCACGGCUACGGGUGGGGUGUAGCUGAUCUCGAGUCAAACUUUUUCCAGGGAUUUCUGGGAGAGAAUAUCGAGAAUCCUCACUGCGAGAUCAAGCCAUUCGUGUUUGUUGCCAGGCCCGCACGAGUACUUUCCAAACCCCCCGGCGAAGAUCAUACGGGCCAGCCUUCACCGGAUACAACCAUGACCAAUGCAGGCAGUGACACUAGCGACGACGAGCAAGAGGCCCAGUUCAAUUUCUUGAGCGUGACCCUGGAGGAGGGUCAGAAUAGCUGGGUUCAUACACUGUACGACGCCCUGGAUAGUAUCUUUUGGAGCAACGCAGUGUCGGAGGAUUCCUUCCCGGAUGAGGGCUCCAGGACCGCAGUCUUCACCGAACUAGGCGAGAUUCUCCCCAUCAGGAUCAGCGGCAGCGGUCUUUGCCAGCCCUGUGACAUUCCCGAGGUGCUUUACCUUGAUAGAUAUGUCGAGAGCCGGAAAGACAUUGCCAUAUCCAUCCAGACGCAGAUCCACAAACUCAGGAAUCUACUCGACAAAAGGCUCAAGGCCUGGGAGAAGCGAAUCCUGAGUUGUCAAGGUGCGACCGGCUGCCGCGAGCUCAAGUGGUUCAACGGUCGAGACCACAGCGCCCGGGAGUGUUGGGACAGGUCUAUUAAAGCCAGUGAAUCCAAGAUCGCAUCGCAGCGCAUGGUUGCGCAGCUCCGAUACACGCAAGAGCAAAUCGCCGAAGGCAAGAUUCCGUCGAUCAAAGAUCUCGCCCUUAUCUAUUCUGGUGAAUCCCCUUACGAGUUCAACGAAGAGGAGAAAGAGAUAGAAGAAACACUUCAGCAGGGUAUAGAUGUGGCGAAAGGCGAGCUCGGAGACAUUGACGUCAAACUAGAAGAUGUCAAGCUCAGGCGCGAGCAAUGCUACCACGGCCUGAGACAUCUCUCGAAGUAUCUGACCUGCCGUGAAGAGGAAGCUACUCCAGAGUUCAGGGACCAGUACAUUGUUCCGGAUCAACCGAAAUUCUACAAACCUGAGUACUGGAACCCGACUCACAGAUACUUUCUCCGAGGAGUUGCAACGACGAGUGAAAUUACGUACGUCUGUGUUCGAAAGGAAGCCGAUCUGAUAGACCUGGGAGACGAACCGGGAUCCAAAGACCAAUGGUGGAGACUUGUGUAUGCUGCGAAGGAAGCCAACCCCAUCUCAGUCGAGAAAACAGAUGCUGAAUCUGUUCUCAUCGCCGCUGGGACCGAGUCAAAGACCCCCAUCAUGGUGUACGCGUCUGAGGCGGCAAUGAAGGCAGACCCGGUCCAAUUAUCGGAUGCCCUGCGAAUGUUCGUGCGCGCCGACAAUCGCUCCUUCCAGCAUGAACUCUCUCAAGAGCAGGCCGAACCACAGAGCCAGGCACAGCAGAGCAGUCCGACUCCAGCUACACACGGACAUGGACCCGUGCCCCUGACAGCCGAGGCGAUCAACUCGGUUUCAUCGGUCUCAUUCAACUCCCCAUCAAAGCGGAAGCACAGCAUCUCGGGAUCGUCAGUUGCCACGGUUGGCUCGUCCGACUCGCGCGAUAUGGAGAUGUCCUUCUCGGACCCGCCCGACCCGUCUAACUACCGGGACGAUCGGGUUCCGAGCGCCUCACAGUAUGGAUUCGCCAGUCCCGCCUCGCAGCCUAAUAAGUUGGGCGGCUUGGUUGAGUCUCUGGAGAACUGCAGGACCAACGAACCCGAUUCCCCCGUGCUUGGCCGCCGCGACCUGGCCAAGCCCCUCGGGGACCAGGAGAUGCGAUCGUUCGGGCCCGACGAGACGGCCGCCAAGGGCCCUGAGAUGCAGCAACGGGCUGUUGGCCCCUCGCCCUUUGUCCAGCGACCGGUCGCCAAGGCAUCCCAGGCUGCGCAGGUCGACUUGAUGGACAUGGACAUGGAGAUCGAGACAGAGCAUCACGAGGGUUGA